AUGGAUUCUUACUAUCAUCAGGGGUCCAUACACAAUCAUCCGUUGUCUAAUGUCACAUGGAAUCUGUUCUUCGCUGCCACAACACUCACGUCCAUAGGUUACGGCACUGAUGCUCCAGACUCUCCUGUGGGACGAAUAUUUUGUCUUGUUUAUUUGUUUUUUGGAAUACCUCUCUAUCUCAUUACCCUUGCAGAUCUGGUAAGUUGUUGUAAACAUGUUAUUAAAAGGUAG